AUGAAUUUUUUCGGAACAGUUAAGAGGAAUAGAAGCAAAGACCAACUUAGCCAAAUAGAUCCAAGAGUAAAACAUAUUGAGCAAGAUUUAACUCCAAUAGAAUCGUUAAUAAGUAAAACUGAACAUAUCUUAUCCAUUGAGCCUGCUUUAAAUGAAAUGGGCAAAGAAACCAAACGCCCAAUCAAGCUUAAAUUUUAUGAGGAUAAAACUCCAAUAAUAAAAGAAUUAGAAAAAAUUAAAGAAGAAGUAGAAACUGAAUUUGAAAAUAUAAACUCUUCCUAUCAGAAUAAUCAAGAAUUCAUAAAGUUAUUGCAAGCAAAUAGCGAAGCUAUGAAUGCUUAUUUGAAAUAUACUGAAGUUUACACUAAUUUUUCAAAUAGACUUAGAGAAACUAUAGAAAAUUAGCUUAAUUAUAGCAUAUGCUUUACUUCCACUAAUAAAUCGGCUAUCACUGCUUCUGAAGUUUCUAGGUCUUGAAUUCGGUUUAUGAAAUCUAAUCUCUCAGCCCUCAGAAAGAUAUCAUUCAUAAUAUAGAUAGGGAGGAUAUCUAGCACGGGGCUUUUUGGGCUUGCUUUCAAGCCAAAAAAGCCCCGUGCUAGACAUCCUCCCUAGCUAUAUUCAUCGUCUAGGUGUGUGCUGCCCUUCUGGAAAAUUCUACUUCCUUGAACUACUACCUAAGAUUGCAGACUUCAGCACAUAAUUCCUGAUUAGCCUAGAUUAAUGCAUACACUGAGCUAAACCCAUAGUAAAUUUCCAAAAGAGCUUUUUACACUUUCUAGCAGAAAUUCAAUAGCGCCAUAUUAUCAUAAUUAAUAAAAAAUCUAGUUUUUGAGUCUUUUUCCCCAUACGUCUAUCAAAGCUCUAAAAUUUUAUAUUCAAUAUAUACUCAAAAUGAUCAAGCUGAACUUGCUGCAUACGAUAUAGAAAAAUCCCAACAAACUAAAAUAAACAUUGAUUUAUACGAGAAGCUUACUAAUGAUGAAAUCAGCGUCGUUCAACUUCCCAAUAAUGAGUUAUUUUGUAGGUAA